AUGAGCCAGCGCAACAAACGCAGAAGAGUGAAUGCCAGUUCAAGCCCAGCAUCUGUGCCGUCGAAUCAUACGAUGGCAAACUCAUUUACUGCAGCGCCAUGCAAUCCUGCCAAUGUGUUGGAAAGGCAAAAAUGGAACGGCUUCUGUGAGCUUGAGUCGGAGCCGGCUAUCUUCAAUGUGAUGUUGCGCGAGUUCGGAGUCAAAGGGGUCAAGGUUCAAGAAGUUGUCUCACUGGACGAUGAAUUGAUGGCAUUUCUAAAUAAACCAGUAUAUGGUCUAAUCUUUCUGUUUCGUUGGCGAGAAGAUGAUCCUGAUAAGCAGGAAGCGAGCUGUCCAGAAGGACUUUGGUUUGCAAACCAGGUCUCUAGUAAUGCCUGCGCAAGCGUGGCACUCCUGAACAUUGUAAACAAUAUCGAAGGAAUUGAGCUUGGGGAAAAUCUACGACAUUUCAGAGAAUUUACGAUGCCGUUCACACCAGCGUUGAGGGGUGAUGCCAUCAACAACUUUGAAUUCGUCAAAAGGAUACACAACUCGUUUGCAAGAAGAAUGGACAUACUGAAUUCAGAUCUACAGCUGAAGGUGGAGGCGACAUCCAAACGUUCUCGAUCGGGCAAGAACAGGCAUGAUGAGUUUGAGACUGACGCUGGAUUCCAUUUUAUCGCGUUUGUCCCGGCGCUGGGCAAAGUCUGGAAGUUUGACGGCUUGGAGCGUCAGCCCCAAGCUCUCGGGGAAUAUGCGCCCGACGAUGACUGGCUGACCCUAGUACGGCCCAACAUCCUCACCAGGAUGGCGGAGUACGAAGAGGAUCAAAUUGAGUUCUCCAUUCUCAGCGUGGCUAAGGAUCCGCUUGUUGAGCUCGAAGAUCAGCUGGCAGUCAAUGUCAAAUGCUUGGAAGCAGUCAACCGCUGGUUGGCUUCCCGCGAGGAGGCCGAGGAAACCUGUCCCGGGCCCGAAAGUCCCGUGUCUCUGCUCGAAAACACAAUACUGGGCCCCGACAGCUCCUUUAACUUAACGAGGCAUCGCAUCGACACUGUGAUCAUCCCACCAGAGCGUGAAGUACAAUAUGCGAAAGCCUCAGCGGAGGAACUGAGGCAGCAUCGAUACUGGCUCAGCAACGAGCAGCGGGAGCUUCGAGCAUCUAUUUUGGAAGAACAGCAAUCCCACCGGGCGGACGAUAACUAUGCAACCGGACGGCGGUUCGACUAUGGUCCAGCAGUGAGAGCGUGGAUUCGGUUUUUGGCGCGCAAAAGAGUCAUAGAGAGCUUGACUUGA